AUGUCUAACUUUCCAGGUGAGGAUAUUGAUAUACCGAAAAGACUGUUAGAAUCACUUGAGGGACAGCCUCUUAACUACUUAAUACCAAAGAGUGGUCUUUCAGAUUUGAUAGAUCCGACUAGAGGAGCGUCUAUGCCUCUAGUUGGAAACGCAUUCUCUUCACCAUCUUCAGAAACGUUAGAUCAAUCAUCACAGUGUAUUGUUGAAUUGGAUACGAAGAAGAGCAAAUACAUGUUCAGACGUCCAAAAAACUGGAAAUCUAGUGAAAAUAAUGGAGCUGAAUCAGCACCAGAUAUGAUGGAAGGUCUUUCGCCUUUAGCUAAACAGUGUUUGAUGGCUUCGAAUAUUGAGGUGCACAGUGAUGAUAUUCAAGAUGAAUCAAAGGUUUUACCCAAGAAAGUGGAGAAGCAUAAACUGGACGCCACUGAGACUCAUACCAUAGACCUUAAUGUUGAAGCCAAUACCAAGAAGAUGAAAGUUGGAUCCAAUGUGACAGUCAAUCUGGCAUCUCUUGCACAACGAUACAUGGGGGAUCUAAUGGCAUUUUUAGAUGAAAUUGAAAAAGAUUCAACGAGUGAAUAUAGAAAUGUGGAAUAUUGGACGAUGUUGCCGACCAAAAAUUACGUUCUAACAGAGGAAUGUUUGGCUAAGUUGCAGAUGGCCAUGAAUAACAGUUUGUCAAUUCGUGGAUCUGUGGGGAAUAUUAGUGUGGAUAAAUUGAUUAAACUGUUGGAUAUCCUGGUAAUCAACAUUAAAAUGGCUGAGUCUAAUGAUAUGGAGGAGUUGGAGGAUCAGACACUCAAUCGUAUUGCCCAUGCAUCUGUAUCUUUGAUCUUUACUACUUUUCUUCUAGAGGGCAACGAUAAGAGACUGUCCUUGGAAAGGUACAUUCUAACGCCAUUAGAAUUUAUUGGUAAUUCAGUGAGAAAAAUCAAAAAGUCUUUGACAGAUCUAACUGCCUUAAGGACGGAAUUGAGUUUACUUCAUCAAUCUAUCUCAUUAUUACCAUCCUACAUUUAUCAAAAGCCAUUUCUGGACAAGGGUCUUAUUACGAAACUUAUCUACAUCUUCACAGAUUUGCUCAUGGAUAAUGAACUAGACUCUGUGAGUAAUACCUUAUCAUUACAAUAUGGUAGGGAUAACGUCAAAUUAGAAAGUACAAACAUUCUAGUCUCAUUAUUCACUAAAUUGCCCGAUCAGAGAGAACUUAUAAUAGAAGAACUGCUAUCGAACGUAGAGAAAUUGCCCGUUAAGAGAGUACAGAGAAGACUUAGGAAGGUGGAAAGUGAUGUAUUUGCCACGGAUUUCACAAUAACUGUCAUUUUACUGUUAGAAAAUGUGAAUAGUUACGAUUAUGCCAAAAUGAUAGCAACCUCUCAACCAGAUUUAAUCCCAGCCGUUAGCGAAACGUAUUCGGAAGAUACUAGAGCACUUAACGGUUUCGCAAGCCAACUGGCCGAAUCUAUUUUUGACCGCUUUGUCAAAAGUACCACCAAUUAUCGUCAUGUCUUGGAAAAUUAUGUUCAAGACCUCAUAGCAUUAUUACCGUUUCCUCAAUGGUGUGUUUCACAAGAUUUGCUUUAUUUUAUUACCAGGAAACUUUUAUUUGCAUAUGAUCCAUCACAUCCACAAUCCGCGAACAUUGAAUCGACUUGUUUGCAUUUGUUAGGGUCAAUAGGUUUGGCGAUGUUUGAAAUCAAAUGUAGUACAAAUCCAGAGGAUGCCAAUAACUUGGUAAGGUUGUUUAAUUCACCAAGUAGUCUCCCAAAUUUUUCCAAAUAUUUUGACAACUGUUUUGAAUUCACUGGAGCAAUUGAAAGACACUCAGCUGGGAAAUACUUAUGGCAUAAAAAAUUCGGUAUUCUAAUGGGAUUGGACGAGUAUGCUGAUAAUGCAGAAGGUCAGAGUGGAGAGAAACUGAAGCUAACGAUUGAUGAAGUAAAAAAAUUGGGUGAGGGAAGUACCAGUAUCAAAAAACCUAUGAAUAAGAUAGAACCUCAAAUGGUAAGAGAAAGCUAUUUUUCCAUUUUGCAUGCGCUCGACUUGCUGAACAUGUACGAGCCCUACUUAAAAUUGAUUUUAUCAAUAUUAGGAAAGAAUAAAAUUAAACUAAAAUCGACUGCGAUCAAGUGCCUUUCAUUAUUAGCCACAGCAGAUCAAAGGAUUUUGAAUAGCCCCAUGGUGAAAAAUACGAUUAGUAAAACGUUGCAAGAUCCUUCUGCAUCAGUGAAAGACGCAGUUUUGGACCUAAUUAGCAUUGGAUCAUCAUACUUGGAGUAUUACCAGCAACUCAAUGUGAAUUACGACGAUGAAAGUGUAUUAAUAAGAAAACAUGUUUUGAAAAUUAAUGGGAAUAUCUAUGACGAAACAAAAUCCUUAGAAACUCAAGUUUUCGUUGCGUCGAGAAUUCUUUUGAAGAUUGAAGAUGAGGAAGAUAAUAUCAUCGAAAUGGCGAGAAAUAUGCUUUUAGAAAAAUGGAUUUUCCCUGUCAAAGCAGAUGAUAAUCUCUUGGAACAACAAUCUGCAGAAUAUAAAAAUAUUUUGAUUGUGAUGUCAAGUGUCGCCAUAAUGAACAGCAAAUGCUCCCAAUUAUUUGAAUGGUAUCUGAAUUUUUUCCUAUUAAACAAACAAUUGCAUUCACCUGAAGUAUAUGAUUGUAUUCUUCGUAGCCUCAAUAAGCUUACGGACCCUCUAGUUCAAGGUAUUGUGGAACUACAAUCUACUGAACCGACUGAAUCGAAUAUUUUACUAAAGCAAAAAUUUUUGGUUCUACUAUCGAAAUUUGCAGAUUGUUCUUCGGCAUUCAUCACAAAAGAUCACAUUAUCGCUCUUUACCCAUAUAUUGUUUCAGAUGAGAAGUCUAACUUACAGUUCCAUAUUUUGCAUGUCUUCAAAAAUACAAUGCAAAAUCUUUCAAAUUUUAAGCCUAAAUUUCUAUUUGACUUGGAAACAAUUCUUCUGAGUAGGUUACCUCGAAUGAGUGUGAAAGAAAUUGGAGAAGCGAUGCCGUUAAUAUGGUGUGUUGCAACAAAUAGAAAAGAUAUUAGCAGGGUUACAAAGGCUUGUUCUUCUUGCUUUCAACAUAUGAGCCCUUAUAUCAACAUUGCAAAUAAGAAUCCUAGUGAUAUUACGGUGGAAAGUAAACUUCAGCGGCUCAUCUACCUCGCGGCAGCUUUUGCACGAUUUUGCAAAUUUCCUAAUAAAGAGACCAAGCCAGCUUAUGUCCAAAGUGAUGAACCGGUUCAUGAAUACGUUGCUAAAUGUUUGCUUUUGUUAUCACGUCAAGGUAUUCCACAUGUCAUUCGCCGAAUUUCAAUAAAGGCACUAACUCAAUUAUGUGGGGACCGUCCUAAAUUAUUCAACUCCAAGCACAUACUAAAUUUGCUUGAUGAUGAAUUUGAAAGUGAUCAUCUCGAUAUCAAACUUGUAAUUUUGGAGAGUCUUUAUGAUUUUUUCAUGGCAGAGGAAAGUAAACUGAUCAAACAAACUGGUGUCAACAUUUCUGUCUCAUCAAAUACAGUCCCUAAGGGUCAAAAAAAGCAAGAAUCUUUUAGUGGCGACGGUAUUUGUGCAGCAUUAGUCACACGUUUCUUAAAACACAUUUUGAAGAUUUGUCUGUCUCAAGAUAUCAAAAGUUCAUUAGUCGCGGUAAGAUCACUCAAAUUAAUUUUACAAUAUGGUUAUACAAAUCCAUCACAUUGCAUACCUACAGCCAUAGCGUUAGUUGGAUCCACAAACCAGUAUCUUCGCAAUAUUGCCAUUGAAGUUCUUACUGAAUUAUUCGAAAAAUACGAAACUAUGGUAUUUGCAGGUAUUUCUCAAGGCGUUAAAGUAACAGUUUACUACUGCAAGACCUUGGAAGGUCCUGGUUUUUACAAUAAUGAUUCUUUCUUGAGAACACUUCAAAGUAUCAUGGCAAAUAGUAAGAAGAACUCUGCUAAGUUUUUUAAAAGUGUUACCAGAGUGCUACAGAUCUAUUUUAACCAAAUAGUUGGGCCUAAUUGUGAUUCAGAAACUAGAGAUGGUAUUCUGUUUUUAACAAACAAUCUUCCUUUACUAAAAUUUCCUACGCAAUACGAACUGGUAACACUUUUAAAGGUUAUAGAAUUGGAAUCCAAUCAAUUGAAAGAAGCCAUAGUAGAUGAAUUCGAGCUGAAUCAGAACAUCGAAGAUUCUGUGGAGAAUAUAAAGAAUAGCAUAAUAGCGGAAAUGUCACUAUUUGAGGUCAAGAAUCUUUUCAUCCAUCUCUAUGGCCUAAAAUCGGAUGUAACCAGUGAAGCAGAGGACGCUACGUUAAGAAAUAAACCUCUGCCUACAAUUGCUUUCCAGUCCCACUUGGGAGAAAGAAUAAGCUUAAUCAUUGCUCAGGGUGAAAGAGAAGAUAUGAUUCAGAGGUACAUAAAUUCACAGAAUUAG